GUCGCCCCCGCGCUGACUCCCGCCGGGGGCGCUCCCGCUGACCGUUGAGCGGCCUGUGAAAUCCCUCCCUAAGGACCUUCCCCUCUCCGUCAACCGUUCUCGCGGCGGCGACUCAUGUGGGGGUUCGGGCUCCUGCGGUCGCCGCCGCUGCUGCUUUUGCUGCCGCAUCUAGGAAUCGCAGCCUCGCGCUCUCAGGCCGGAACCAUGAACUUGGAAGGCAGCAGCUCUGAGAGAUGCUCCCCCUCCGCCGAGGGGCGUCGGCACCGGUGCCUGCAGCUGUCCACGGUGCCGGGAGCCGAUCCGCAGCGCAGCAACGAGCUGCUCCUGCUGGUGGCAGCUGCGGUGGAGGGACCUGAACGGCGGGAUCUCUCUGGAGACCGGGCGGAGGUGGAGCUGCCACCGCCGCCCCAGCAUCACGUUCUCUAUUUCCCUGGAGAUGUGCAGAAUUAUCAUGAAAUUAUGACUCAUCAUCCUGAGAAUUAUCAGUGGGAAAACUGGAGUCUAGAAAAUGUUGCCACCAUUUUAGCUCACCGCUUCCCCAAUAGUUAUAUUUGGGUGAUAAAGUGUUCCCGAAUGCAUUUGCACAAAUUCAGCUGCUAUGACAAUUUUGUGAAAAGUAAUAUGUUUGGUGCUCCAGAACACAAUACUGACUUUGGAGCUUUUAAGCACCUUUAUAUGUUAUUAGUUAAUGCUUUUAGCUUGAGUCAGAACAGUUUGCUAUCAAAGAAGAAUGUGAAAGAUUUGAAUGAGGACUCCAAAGCAUCUAAUUGUAGAUCUAGUUCCUCUCAUACUACUAAUGGUUGCCAGGGAGAAAAAGAGAGCCCCUGUGAGAACUUUGAUGAGUCUGCCGUGAGUUUUUAUCCACCAUCACUAAAUGGUGCUUCUUUUACUUUGAUUGGAUUCAGUAAAGGUUGUGUUGUUUUGAAUCAGUUGCUUUUUGAAUUGAAAGAAGCUAAGAAAGACAAGAACAUACAUGCUUUUAUCAACAGCAUAAGAACAAUGUACUGGCUGGAUGGCGGUCAUUCUGGAGGAAGCAAUACUUGGAUUACUUAUCCAGAAGUCUUGAAAGAAUUUGCGCAAACAGGGAUUAUUGUUCACACCCAUGUAACACCUUACCAAGUAUGUGAUCCAAUGAGAUCUUGGAUUGGAAAGGAGCACAAGAAAUUUGUUCAGAUACUUGGAGACUUUGGUAUGCAGGUGUCUAGCCACAUACAUUUUGCAAAGGAGGCUCCUUCCAUAGAGAAUCAUUUCAGGGUUCAUGAAGUAUUUUGAGACUACAGAAAUAUUAAUGUACUUGUUCAGUGGAAGAGAAGAAGCACUUUGAGUUUUAUAAAUUCAGAUAAUGACAUGUAAUUCACAGAUAAUGCAUCCAUUUUGGGUGGGAGGGAACACACAUUCCUAAAAUAUAAAUGUAAUGUGCAAUAGUACUUCUUGCUUCUGAAUGUGAACCGUUUUUAAUUUGGACUGGGUUAGAGUUAGUGCAUUUGGAAUCUAAAAGGUGGUUUGUGAUAAUCCUACGAGACACAAGACCCUUAAUAAUGAAAGUUACAAUACAGUCCUUAUAAAAGGUAAUUAAAGUUGUUAUUGUUAGAAAUAGUUUAUUUUCUGAGUGACGUUUAAAACUAAUUUUGGUGGCACAGUAUUACCAAUUAAACAGUAAUUACCAAUUUUGGCACUCAAAACUCUUGAGUAGAAACACCAUUUCUCUUCAAACAAAGCAAAGGCACACAGAUAUUUUCCAUCGUUUUGGAAUAACUGUACCCUGCCUUGAUGUUUUGUAAACUCGUGGAAUCAUUCUUUAGUGUGCCACCAAGUGUUUUUUCUCAGGAGUCAAAAUAUAUUUGUUUCCAAAUAUCCAAGAACAUGCAGUAGUGUAAAGUUGGUUUUUAAAAACAUUGCACUUAAGCACUGUGGCUAAAUUUUUAAUUGACAACUUUUGGCUAAGACAUUUUGGAGUUUCUUAAAUCUUGGCCAAAAACCAGUUCUUUUGGGAAAAUUGUUUUAAAAUGAACAUAAUUAUGUAAAUUGGGUAAAAAUAUAUUACAGAUUGAAAAUUUUUUCAUAUCAGUCUCUUGAGAUCAGUUUAGGUAAAAUAAAUAUAUAAUAUUCUAUUUGUUAGUGCUCUGUUGACAAGGGGGACAGAUUCUAUAGAUCUAAGUCAGCGUUUCUCCAGAAGCAUGAUUUUGUCUGCCAAAGAAAGCAGCUCCCUUUGGCCAGAACGCAAAAAUUAUAUUGCUAUAAGAAAAGUUAUAAGGGAAAGUUUAAAGACAUGAUUUAAUUUUGGCUCAAAAACUGAAUUUGCUUAACACUGCUGCAUAAUUUGGGUGAGGUUUCCUUCUGCCUGUUUUUCUUGACCUAGAUAAAUACUUUUCGAGAAACCGAGAUCUAGUUAAUGUCAACCAACAUUGAAACAUAGCUGUGUGAUUAAAGUAAAAGGUGAGUGGUCACUUUUUAAUUGUUUAUUUAUAAUUAGCUUUUGCAGGACAUGAAAUAAAGCAGGGAAGAAGUAACAUGCUGCUUUCGGACUGAAAAACGACUGAAAUUAGUAUCUUAAUAACCCAGAGGACCUAAAUUUAUAAAACAAUAUAGAAAGAAAAUGUUAAUUUCUUGUUUUUCCCCAGAAUUAUAUUUUAAUAUCUAUGAAUGUAUUCCAAAUAUUUGGUCUUAAGGUAAAGGAUUCUUAGCAAAUGCUUAAAAAUAACAUCUUUUAGUUCUAUAAAUCAGUAGUAUCUCUUAAAUUUUUUUUAGGACAAAGUUUUAUAUUUCUUCACCUUAUUUAAAUACCUGUUUCUUUUGACACCAAAAAUUUGCAACGAGUCAGUCUGAUUCCAGCAUUUUAUUACCUUAAAGCACCAUAAUUGGCUUCUUUCAGUGUUUUGUAAUCCUUUGUUAAAUUCAUAUGUAUCUGAUGUAAAAUAGCUAAGUUACUGAAUGCUCUCAAGGGGGGAAGGAAAGGCAUUUAUUUUUAUAUGAUUAACUAAAAUGGAAGAAGUAGGACUUUCAGCCAGAUUCAUUAAGAAAAAAUACCUGAGAUAUUUAAAAAUCGGGAUUCUUUAGCUAUCCAGUCAUGUGAAUGCUUGCUUGUUAUAUGUUGAACAGAUACUGAAAAUAAGUCACUGGAUACCUGGAACUGCCAUAGCAUGUAAAUGAGACAACAUUGGAGAGUAUUUUUUGAAUUAAAAAUAUUCAAGUUUAUCCAUAUUCAAAUAUUUUAAUACUUCAAAUUUGUUAUUUCUUCACAUUUAAAACUAUUGUAAAUGUUAGUGUAUUCUUUUGAAUUGUGCCUUUGUGUUUGUGUCAUGAGUCAACUGAGAGAAGUAGUCAUACAAAUAAUGUGAAAGUUACUGCCACAGCAUGAAUGUACGACUGUAUUAAAUUUAAUCCACAGAAGUCUGUUUGGAUGUGCUUUAUGUUAUUUGUUAAACUUCAGAUCUCCCUUAGGAAGGAAGCUAUGUUCUCUUCACUUGCUGGCUUGGGUUUGUAUGUGCUUUUAUUAACCCCAUGUUUUUUUCAAAUGAGUGACUUUGAACCUU